AAUAACACCCAACCAUCCCACGUGUCCUUCCACCCCCGGUGGUAGUGUACAACGCAAGAGCCACCACGAGCUCUCAGUCUCUCCUCAUUCCCUUCCCUUGGAUCGGGAGCAGAGCAGAACACAGAAGGUCCGGCGAGCGCGCGGAUCAAGCCGAGACUCCGUACCGUCGGAUUUCGGGGAGGAGGGAGGCCAUGGAGAAGGAGCAGAAGGUGGAGGGCGAGAGGGCCGCGGCGGCGGCCGCGGCCAAGCAGCGGUGGGUGAUCGGGGUGGGGUUCUGGGUGCAGGGCUUCCGGCUCUUCCCCUGGCUCGGCGUCAACUUCUUCCUCAAGGACGCCAUGGGGGUCCCCUCCUCCUCGCUGCAGAUCCUCCAGGCCUCCGCCACCCUGCCCAUGGUCGCCAAGCCGCUCCUCGGCCUCCUCUCCGACGCCGUCCCCAUCCGCGGCUGCCGCCGCCUGCCAUACGUCGCCAUCGGCGCUCUCUUGCAGGCAGUUUCAUGGUUGGGAAUUGCCCUCUGGCCGUCUCUUUCUCUUCCGGUUCUUACCAUUUUUCUCCUCUUGAGCAACUUUGGUGCAUCCAUAUGUGAGGUUGCGAAUGAUGCCAUUGUAGCGGAGGCCGGGAAGCAAGCAACUUCUUCCUCAGGGGGGCAGCUUCAAUCCUUUGCUUGUAUGUUUGGUGCUUCCGCUGGCGCGUUAGGAAACCUCCUUGGUGGCAUUGCUCUCAGCUACUUCUCCCCCAAACUCAUGUUCCUAUUUUUCGCAAUCAUUCUCGUGCUCCAGUUCUUCACUACUGUGGCUAUACCUGAGAGGUCCCUCAAACUCCCAAAGGCAAGUACUAAUACAUCCGUGAUCUCAAGCAUCCGUAAACAAACCAAAGAGCUGUCGUGUGCGCUCUGUAUGCCGGAAAUAUUCUGGUCAAUCAUAUGGUUUUCAGUAUCUUAUGCUGCCAUACCAUUUCUACUCGGGACCAUGUUCUUCUACCAGACUGAAGUGUUAAGACUUGACUCAUCCAUCAUCGGUUUAUCCAAGGUUUUUGGUCAAGUGGCUCUCUUGGCUUGGAGCAUGGCAUACAACAAGUGCUUCAAGACAACGUCUGCACGCAAGGUCUUAUCAGCUCUGCAGUUCAUCACAGCUGUUGUAAUGUUGUCAGAUGUGUUAUUUGUUCAGGGAGUAUACAGAAAGGUGGGAAUAUCAGACUCCUUAUACACCAUUGUGUUCUCAGGGCUGCUAGAGGGCCUCAUGUUCUUCAAGGUGCUACCCUUCAGUGUUCUUAUGGCAAGCCUUUGCCCCUCCGGGUGCGAGGGAUCGGUUAUGGCCUUUGUCAUGUCUGCACUUGCCCUGUCUAUUAUCAUCAGCGGAUAUCUUGGGGUUGCGCUUGCUGAAUUCAUGGGAGUAUCUGGAGAUGAUUUCUCUGCACUGCCGGUUUGCUUGUUGAUUGAGGCUGCAUGCACAAUGCUGCCGCUAAUUUGCUCAUCAUGGAUUAAAGAGAGGAAAGGGAAGGAGAAGAAGGAAGAGUAGAAUCCAUCUGUAGGAUCCAAAGAGGUUGUAUUGGUGCCUGCGAGGCUUUCCUUCGAACUUUUGUCGGUGCCUGAAUAUGGGGCUGCCUAAAUUCCAGUUUCAUCAUAUGUGAAACAACCCGAGAGAGGAUUUGGUUCUUCAGUUCCGAGUGCUCUGCGGCCUUUCAGGAAUCGUCUCAAGAGGCAAGAGCAGAUAUACAUGUGUGCCAUCAUUCUUUUUGUCUUUCAGGAGUAUAUGAUAAUUUUUGGGGGUGUAAGUAGCUUUUUUCCUUUUUAGCUUCUGUAAGACUGUAACUAGUUUUUUGAGUUGUGUAACUAGUUGAACCCUGCAUAUUGUUGUGUAUUUACUUUUAUUGUCUUUGGUCUGCCAAAUCGCAUUUCUUUUCGUUCUUUGUGUGUGGAAAAGUCUAUGUCAAAUUGUCCAUGACCAUCUUUCAUGUAACGAACUGAUUGUACCUAUUUCCGAAUGACUAAUUCAGCAAUUUAGGUGAGGUCCAGACAAACUCCUGGUUCUGAUA